UGGCACGUGACUUUUGGUUCCAAACUAUGUGGACGGAGUUGCUGUAUUCUUCCAGUAGGGUAGUGACUGGCUGGAUGCUGCUGUGGGAUUGAGUAUUACAACUCGUACUGGCAAACAUACUUCUGGAUUAUUUUUUAUUUUAAACCGAGAUGAUACCAACACAUCUGACUAGAUAACAGAAUCAGCAGGAACUGAUGGAUGCGGUCUGAUUUAAACAAUCCGAAGCGAGUUAGUUACACGGGGGAAAAAGUCAACGUUAAAAGUGUUAAGUCUGCUGUUUGACGUGUGUCCAGCCGACAAUGAGUGCCAAAUCUGCCAUCAACAAGGAGGUUUUUGCACCACAUGAUGAGAAAAUGCUCGGAGCAGUCCAGGUCAAAAGGAGAAUGAAGAAAAAGAUCCCUUUCCUUGCCACGGGAGGGCAGGGAGACUACAUGACCUUUAUAUGCCUGUCAGUGACAAAUAAGAAGCCCGCUCAGGUCUCAAUUACCAAGGUCAAACAGUUUGAAGGCUCAUCAGCAUUUGUACGGAGAUCACAGUGGACGCUUGAUCAGCUACGGCAGGUGAACGGAAUUGACCCAAAUCAAGACUGUGCAGAAUUCGAUUUAGUAUUUGACAACGCUUUAGACCCAUGGGUAGCAGGCUCAGCCACAGAGAAAUGCACGUUCUUUCAGAUCCUCCACCACACUUGUCAGCGGUUCCUUGCAGACAGGAAGCCAGAGUUUAUUAACUGCCAGUCCAAGUUACUUGGAGGUAACAGCAUCUUGCAUUCAGCUGCAGAUAGCGUCACCAGUGCAGUACAAAAGGCUAGUCAGGCCUUAAAUGAGCGUGGGGAACGGUUAGGCCGCACAGAAGAGAAAACAGGCGAAAUGAUGAACAGUGCCCAGCAGUUUGCCGACACUGCACACAAGCUUGCCAUGAAGCACAAAUGAUGAGACAUUGCCAAAUAUCUGGGUGCCUGCCCAGGGUGAAACAAACAGGCCUUUGGGAACACAUUGUGUUUUUUUGUGUUUUUUUUUUUUUUUUUUUAUCCUUUUUUUUAUUUUGCAUUGAAGGACAUCCAGUGUUUCUUAAAUGUGAAGAUUUUGAACUGGAUGAAAAAUACAAAUGCACAGAGCACAGCUAUGUGGGGUUAACCCUUUCCCUCCAAUUGGUGGGUUUUGAUCUCACCAGAGAACUCGCUGUUACAGCAGCUUUCAAUAGCCAGCCAACCAAUCCUCAAUUACAACCAACAGAAAAAAACAAAGCAGUCCUCUUCUGAUGGAUCUUUGCUGUUUGGUGCCACUCAAAACACCUGCCAUUUCCAAAGGAGAAGUCGUUUCAGUUGUGUGAUAUGGAUUAAAAGGAAUCAUUGAUCAAAUCCCCAUGUUCUAUGGCUAAGGUGGUUCAUUGUAGAACUUUAGUAAACCAGACAGGCAGUGGCAUUGUUGGCAUUUGUUCUUACUGUACAUGGUAUUUGAAUUCUAUCUGCAUUUUCAUCUACCCUCUGCAAGGAGUGUAUGGGAACCAUAUUACAAUGAAGUCUGAUAUUGGCAAACCAUGUAUUUUACAGGUUUUUGUUUAAAAUUUGUGGUUGGUGGUUGCUAUGAAACAACUAUGAUAAUUUUCUUUUUUUUUAUCAUCAAUAGAUGAUCUGAAAAAGUCAUUUUUGACAUUUGUAUGUCUUCACAUAAAGAUUUAACGAAUAAAGCUUAUAGGCAUGUUCUUCGUGAAUAGAUGUGUUGCCAAUAAAAAGGAAUGUUCUUUUCUCAGUUACCUUCUGUUAAAAAAAUACUAAUGUCUUCAUAUUUUUAUUCUUUGGCUUGAAUUUCCAUUGUCACUUUUCAAGGUGCCUGUUUUCACAGAGUCCUGCACUAGUAUGGACUAGUAUUGCAAAGGCCAUUGUCGGAGAUGCUCCUUUUCCAUAAUAACUAUCAUGUACACCAAUAGUUGUGGUGCAGGGCAAGCAAACAGACAGACACUGUGCUUCUACAUUGCCACUGUGGUAUAGGAUGCUUCUCUCCAGAAGUGCAGUUUGUAAAGCAAUGAUAUUUAGCAGUCAGAGGUACCCAGUGCAAAGCACCAUGACCACAUUCAUGAGGUAUAGGGGCGCUGUAACUGUCUUUUAUUAUGGAAUUGGUAUGCAUAUUAUUUGCCUCAAGUAGGGCUUCUAUCCCUGAUAUUACUUUAAAAAAGGUGUUCCAAUAUCCUGUGUCCUACAUCUGGCAUUUCAACCUGACCAGAUGCAUUACUCUGUGGUUUACCUAGUAACACUAUACCCAUCCUAUAUAUGUGUCUUAACAGUCUUUAUAGGACUCCUUUCCCAAUUAGUCUGUUUUACUGUAGUUGUCUUUCUGCCUAACAGCAUGGGUAGCACCAAAACCUUGUGCAAUGAUACUUAAUCAGUGCCUUUUGCUCAUUAAAAAAACAGUCCCCAACAUACCAGAAAGUAUAUUUAUAGUCUACUGCAUUGGAAUUACAAAGGAAAGGGUAAACAACAAAAAUGUGGAUACAUAAAUAAAACCUAUGCGGAAGUAGGCCAUGUUUUCCCCUACCACAAAGAGAAAUAUCUUGUUAACAUACAUGUAUUAACAAUGUUUUAUAGAUAGCACAUGUUAAUAACUGAAUGAAAAUCUUUAUUUAUAUAUAUAUAUAUAUAUAUAUAUAUAUAUAUAUAUAUAUAUAUAUAUAUAUAUAUAUAUAUAUAUGCAGAAGAAAUAGUGUCGAAAGCACAUCUAUAGGACAGUCGGUCAUUUAAAGCAACAGACCUCCUGUUUUAAAGAAUUAUAAAACAUUUUGUUUUAGUUAUUUAGAGUUGUUAGAGUUUCACAUGUUCCCGUAGAUUUCUUUUUAACCCUGAAUUAUCAGAAACAAAAAUCACUGAAUUGAGCUGUUGUGCAGCUGAGAAUUAAUAUGUGACCUGAUAUUGAAACCUCUCUUUGUCUAUAUUUACUUACAUACAUACCAAGCGCAGGUCAUUUGGUACUGGUGCAGUAUAUCAAUUCCAUCCCAUUGGUAUACUGUUCCUUCUAAACACCAAAUGCAUUGCAAUCAAUAGUUACGGGUUUGGAUUUAGAUGUACUGUAUAUACAGUUGUAAGUAGCCAUGUUGAUGUAUAGGCAGUACAACAACAAAGCCACACAAGAGUAUAGCAGUGUAGUUAGUAUAAAAAUAAAUAAAUACAUUGUUCUUGGUAUGUAUUCUAAAUAUUCAAGGUAAUGAGACAUUGACAGCACCCAGCUACACACAUUUGGUGCCACAUUUGAAUUUCAGGGAAACUGGGAUCUGCCUUUUCCACUCUCAUUAUCUAGCUGAACCUGUGUUUUGUGCAAAAGACCACAUUUGUUGUUAUUAAAUCUGUCACUAAUCUGUUAUUAGGUGGUUGUUUUUUAAUUCUGUGUCAAUUUUUCUGUAAAGUUUAUUAAAUGUUUCUGUAUUAUCAACAUUAGUGACAUUAAUAUCAUAAGCAAUAUUCAGUGGUGUUUUAAUGUAACUAAAAGCAUAUUUUUUAUGGUUUUAAUGUAAAUACCUGUAGUUACUAUUAACUACAUAUGUAAUGAAAGUGCAUACAUUGUAUGUUAUUCCAUAUGUAGUAACAAUGUAAUAGCUACAUGUAAUGAAAGUAUAACCAGUGCCAUUAAGUAAACAUUACCUUUUUAUAAAAUAGGAGGAGCUUGCAAUGACUUGGAUACAAUGGGGAAAUGUGUGUUCUUGUAACAUCUGACAGGAAAUCAAUAAUAAAGCAGGCUAAUGUUCCAUAUGAAAGUAUGUUCAAUCAGUUUCUUUAUCACUUUGUCCUUUUUACUGUAUUAUAAUUCUGAAUAAUAAAAUAAAUUGCAAAAUUCAAAGAAAUCUGUUUAGACUGGGGAGGGGGGGUGUCUAUCAUUCCAAACUUGUGUGUGUGUUAUUAACUCCUGAAGAAAGGGAUCUGUGCUGUACAAUUAAUCUGUGCUGUUCUGUGAGACCAGCGGGACCAAGUCCCUUAAAUUAUUGUUGCAAAUCUCAGUUUGUCAUUAAAAACAUUAUAAUUGUG